UUUGCAUUGAAAUCCGGACGUGCUGGUUGUGAAGGAAGCUAAGAGAGAACGGUUGAAGUGACUGGAUACAAUGUAACUGCAGCUAAUUCGAAUCAGAAAUGAUCAGGAUUCUAUGACAACGGGCUGAACCUUCCCUGUGGGACAUUCUCAUAUCAGUGAUAGAACCUGCCAUUCAUGCUGUGUGAUCCCCUGAACCAGGUGUCAUAACAGGCUGUGCAAGGGUGGGUGCACCCCCAAAUUCCAGCAUGGUGAGCAAAAACAGGGGUCUUGCAAAGCACUCCUUGUCUAAAGUAAUGAUGGGGGCAUUGAUGAUGCAAUGGUACAAUUUUAUAAUUAAAAAACGGGGCAAGGUUCUAAUGCUGGAGCAAUCACCAUGGAAACCAAGAGAAUCCUUCUCCUUAUUCCACUGGUUUCCAUGGUGAUUGCUGCCACCUUUCAACUUUGCACUGCUUUCUUUGCAAGCUGCAUUUUCAUAAAUCUAAAAUAAAUGAAUUGUGUGUUCUGAGAUCUCAAUGUUAAUCAUGAGAUGGAGAGUUUGGAUGAUCAAUUAUUUGCUAAAUUCGUUAGUAGUCUUAUCAUGAGUUGUUCUACUUUUUCCGCCAUGUUUGUAAUAUGAGUAAAUUAUACAAAAAUACAAAUUACUCAAUGUGUGGUACCUCCAUUUUACUAAUGUGUUUUUUUUCUUCUUGUAUUCUCGUUUAGGCUGCUAGACGUAAGAAAGGAUUACAAGGUGUGUAAGCUCAACCAAUUUCUGCUCGGUUUAUAUGCAUUUCUUUUUUUUUAUUGUUUGCAUCCCUCUCAUAUUUACGAAAAGAGUUCCUUUCCUUUUCUUCACCCGUCACGUCAGUUAUGCAUUUUAAUUCCCUUUCUCAUGGUUGGUUGACAGAUGUACCAUUUGGCUUGGGAAUAGUAUUGCUACAACUCCGGGCACCAUAACAACUUUAUCUCAAUAUUGCCCAAAGUGACCCUUUAAAACAAUUUUUGCUCCACAGGUUCAUUUUAUUAUAACGAAAACAACCAAAGAAAUUUAGUGGUAACCUCCAAUAUCUCCACACAUAGCUUAAUCCUCAAUAUCACUGUACAAACAAAUGUAAUAAAAACGAAAUAGUGUGGAUAAAAGGUAUAAAUGACAAACCAUAUAAAGUGAAUAUACCAGUAAAACUAAUAUAUUGGACAGGUGAACACACACAGCAAGAGUAAAUUGGCUUACACUUAAGAUGGUGUGAUGGCUUUUAAAUUGACCUUGCAGUUCAGGGAAUAGUCACGCAAUGUGUGGUAGUACAAUCUUGAAACGCUUUAAUAGCUUUAAAAAAAAAAACUAAAAAAACACACGCCGAUAAAAUCAGUAGAAUAAAAUAUAUUGCACUUUUAGACGCACUUGCCACUGGAGUGGCAAUGAAAGUCCAAAUACAAGUCACAGGAAACAAGUCUAGUAGGUGAUGACUAUCAGUUGUAAGUUCUGUUAACAGUCAGUUAACUUGUUUUGUUUUUUAUUUUUUCAAGUUAUUACAGUGUCAAGAUUGUACUACCACACUUUCUUUGACUGUUCCCUGUACUGCAAGCUCAAUUUGAAUGCUAUUAGACUAUCUUAAAGGGACACCCCAGGCACAAAAACAACUUCAUCUAAAUGAAGUUGUUAUGGUGCCAUUUGGUCCUCAAAGGCAGUCUUACCUUAAGGGGUUAAACCAUUCUCAAACGUUUUAACCCCAAAGUUGCCUCCAGCGCCGGUCUCAGUUCCUCCCCAGGUGGCACCCAGCUUCUGAAUUUUCAGAUUCAGGAAGCCUGGAGUGCUGCUGGGCAAGGGCGUUGAUGAUUGGCUGAGUGCUCUCAGCCAAUCAGCAACUCCCCAUUCACUAAACUGGCUUGAAAAGAAUUGUACCUUUUCCACGCCAGUUUUGUGAAUGGAGAGUGACUGACUGGCUUAGAGCGUCAGCUCACCGCUUUCAGCCAAUCAGCGGCGCCCCUAUUUGGCAGCGCUCCGUGCUUCCUCAAUCUGAGAAUUCAGAAACCGGAUGAUGCCCGAGGAGGAGCUAAGAUCUGCAUUUGAGGCAACCUUGGGGUAAAACCACUUGAAAAUUGUUUAACCCCUUGAGGUAAGCAUGCCUCCGCGGCCCCUCCUGGCACAAUAACAACUUAAUUUAGAUGAAGUUGUAUUGAUGCCUAGAAUGUUGCUUUACGUGUAAGCCAAUGAAUGCUUGCUGUGUGUUUCACAAGUGCAAUAUAAUUGUUUUGCUGGUAUAUUCACUUUAUGUGUUUUCUGAUUUACACCUAUUAUCCACACUAUUUCAUUUUAUUAUAAGCACACCAAUUGUGCCAUCUUUUAAAAUUUCUCUGUUGUAUUGUGUGAUGUUAGUGGAUCCGUGGUACAUAAGUGGUGUGCUAGCCUUGUAGGAAGGUAGUUUUCAACAGAGCACCCAUUCUUCUCCUGACAGUUGGGCCAUCAGGUCUAUACCUCUUUUAACUUCAAACUGUGACGUGGUUGUAUACGUGAAUGGUAAUUGGAACAGAAUUAACACAAGGUAUGCUCGAUACUCGUUUAGGAACAUCCCAAUCCACAGCAAUUGACUUCAUAGUGUUUAUAAAAAGUAUUGGUACAGGAAACCUUGGCAACACACAAACGUCUGUUAUAUCUGCACGUUUUCUAGACUGUGAAUGUACGGUCGUAUUGUGGUUAGUGUUCAUCGUGUGUUAGAAUAUGUUUAAAUAUCACUUUGUGUGUACAUGCUGGAUGCAUGCCUUAUAUAGGUAUUAUGGAUUUAUGCUUGGGGGUGGUAACUUGAUAAAGACCUUGGUGGAGGUGGUAAAUACGUUUCUGUGUUUCUCCAAUAAAUCUGUUUGAUAUAUAAACCUUAAGUGUCUAGAUCAUCCUGUUUUUUCUACUAUUUGACGAAGGCUUUGCCCACCUGAGGUCCAGCUAAGCACCUUGGAUUGAAGGGAAGGCGGUUUUCUUAUUGUUUCUACAAAUAUGGUCACCUUUAGCAUCCAGCAUGUUCCUCUCUCUUUCCCUCCUUUUUUUUUCUUUUUCUCUCUUUGUAAAUAUCUGUUUAUUGCGUAUUGCGUUUUUCAAUGUUUUUUUCUCUUUUCAUUUUUUGUUUUGUUUUCCCUUUUAACUCCUUAAGGACCAAACUUCUGGAAUAAAAGGGAAUCAUGACAUCACACGUCAUGUGUCCUUAAGGGGUUAAACACAUUUUUUGUUGCAUUAUUGCAUGUGCUUGUUCCUCUCCAAGAUAUUACACUGACUUGUCCCACAUUACAGAUUCCAUUGAUGAUGUGCUUGGGGACCUCCUUGGGGAUGAUGGUAAGUUGAUAAUAUCCAUUACAAAUGGCCAAAGCGAUAAUUAUUAUAUUAUCUACAAGCUUAUAUGCUCAUGUGCAAAAGGCACAUGGGGUUUUUAACUAAAGUGAAAAUUCAGGGUCAAGUCCGUUAUGCUCUCAGUUCAGCUACUAUAAACUUAAAUUUGAAACUCACUUUGAAUUCUCACUUUAGUAAAUAACCCUGACAGUUUUCUGAUAAAACCAGUGAUUUUAUUUCUUGGGUUUUUUUUUUAGACUUCUCCUCCCCAAAACCACAAAAAGUCUCUCUGCAUAAGUCUGCCCCUGUCAUCCGACCACGAUCCAAUAUGUUGUCCAAUCCUAGUAAAAAGUAAGUCUAUCUUUUAUUCAAUAAAUGACUUUUUUUUGUUGUUGUUGCUAACAUUGAAAUAUAUUAUAAACAUAGAAUGUGACAGCAGAUAAGAACCAUUCAGCCCAUCUAGUCUGCCCAAUUUUCUAAAUACUUUCAUUAGUCCCUGGCCUUAUCUUUUAGCUAAGAAGUAUAGAGAUAGGAUACCAAAGGGAGACAACUAUAGACACAAUUCUAAGUGAAAUGUGUCCGAGUGUUUCCCAAUGCUUCUAGGCACCAAAGAGAGACUCCAGGGGUCUCUCAGGGCAUAGCCCUAGAUAAUCAAGAAAGACAAAACAGAGCAUGCAGGUUCACCACAAGGGAACAUACAAUGCUUCCUGGAGAUAUAGAUAGUAGUAUUGCUAAAUAUAAAGUAAUUAACCUUUAGCAAAGUAAAAUGUCCUCUGAGAUUCUGCAGUACAGUAUUAAAAGAAAAAAUAAAUAAACACCUUGUACAGUAAACCUCCUAUCUCAAAAUAAGUAUUGUACAAAGUCUCACAAGGCUUAUAUCACAAUAAUAAAAAAAAAAGCUUUAUUAAAUAUGGCUCUACAUACAAACAAUUGAUUGCUUCAAGGAAAGAGAAGCUAUGUAGUCAAUCAGUACACAUAGCACGACAUGGGCCUAAGAGUCAAGGUAAAGUCAGCCUGUAUGAGACAUGAAGGGCUGUUUAAAUGAGUCAAAUAAAGCCUGUUGGGUGGCCAAAUAGGUAUAUACAAUAUAGCCGAUUAGAGAAAGAUGAAAAAUGCUAUUUCCAGUAAAAGACUGGCAAAAAGUUAAACUAGCAAAGCCUCACUCCCUGUUAAGCUUGCUAGACAGACAUAGGAGGAAAGAUCAGAAGUAAAACUCAAAAUAAGUGAAUUAUCAAAGCAACAUGCUAGCCAUUAGUGAAAAAUAAAGUGCCCAGUGAUAAAACAAAAAGUAAGAAUGCCUGACGCGCGUUUCGGUGCAGAGCUACAUGCACCUUCGUCAGGUUGAUUUGAAUUUUACUUCUGAUCUUUCUUACUAUGUCUCUCUAGCAAGGUUCUCCAGAGCCGGGAAUCCCUGUACUCUAUGUUCAGGGAAUAUUCCCUGAACAAAGACCAGCUCUAACGUGGGGAAUCCCUCUAGUCCCCGCACUAGAGAGCUGGUUGUAAUUUCGAGCCAUCGUAAAUUGAGGACUAAACAUAUUGAGUGUAUUGGGAGGUGAGAUAAGACCGUGACCAUGACAUUCUUGAUACACACCCAGUGUCCGUGUAGGAAACAGAGUCUGCAUCUCUGACAGGGUUUUGUGAAUGCUCCGUCAUGCUGUACAAGUCUUACUGAAGGAGAUUGCAUAGAUAUAUGAUGCAACUCCUGCAGACUUCAUCUAUCAAUCCCAUACAUUGCAUACACCACGUGACUCCGUGUGAAUGGACCAUCCAUUCUGAGAUCUAUGUGUUUUGUGAGGGAAAAGAACAAUGUUCUCUAUUUGCCCACUUAGGCCAAACAUUGCCUGCCCUCCCCUGGCCCUGCCUGGGCCUUAACUGAACUGGACUGGACUGUUACGUCCUAAAAGAACAGAGCAAAACAUGAAAAAUAAUACAAGUUAUAGGUUAUUUUUAAAAUUUUCUUCAAUGGUGCAGUUUUAAGCCCUUAAAAGUGGCACAGACAUUUGCUUUUUUGUUUGCUAAAAGAAACACUCCAGGCACCUAAAAUACAAGAAAGCAUCUGUUAGAACAUCACUCAAAAAUGAUGCUCUAACACAACUCUCCUUGUGUCCAUGACGCAUCAGAAGAAAACCUAUAAAGUUCUACCUAUACAGUAUAUCACACAUAAACCUCUAUUUGUAGGGGUUUGUUGGGAGUAUAUGUCUUCCUUUAAAUUCUAAGUGCGUACAGCUGUGCAUUCAUGGUAAUACUGAGCCAAUGGCGUCUUUAAAUUCAUGGAAAAAAAACAGACGAACAUUCUUAUGAGUUCAUGGAAUCUACAGGUAGUCAAAGUAUCUAAUUUAGGGGUGGGCAAAACGCAGAUCCCAAGAUGUUGUAGAACUGCAACUUUUUUGAUACUAUGCCAUUCUUAAAUCUGGCAGGGUACCAUGGCAAUUAUAGUUCUUUAACAUCUGGGGAUCUAUCAGUUGACCAAUCCUGAUCUAAAUAGAAUGAGUCAUAAUCUAAUAUCAAAUGGACCAGUGCAAUUCUUGUCCAUAUCUUAUAUUAUAAUCUUUCAUGUACCAGGUCACCACUGGAUGAGAAUUACUUCAGUCAGCUGGCAAAGGAGGCAGAAGAGGUGAGAACCCGUUUAAGAAAUAAAAAGCAUGACUUUUAACUUCUCUAGUCUUAUGUUUAAAUAUAUACUGAGCCAGCAUUGUGUUCCUUUCACUACAAAUUUACUAGAGUGUGUAAACAAUAUAAAUAAUUUAAAAAAAAAAGCAGAUUGGGGACAUGUCUACCUGAGCACCAAGAUGGCCGCUUGAUUAAGGAGCUCCCAAGCAUCGAGGCAAUAAACCCGCUCCACAGCCAGAGAACAGCGAGCUAUGACUGCAAAAAGGGUGCAGAAACCCCUUAACACACCUCUGCUGUGCAACCUCAGCCGAAUUAGCUAUCAAACACACGCCCUUAAACAAAAACCCUGGCCUUGAUGGCUUUACAGCCCAAUAUUAUAAACAAUUCCACGCUAUACUAUCACCAGACUUUCUCAAAGCAUUUAACAACCUUAUCCAUAGUGGCACGACAUCCACACAGAUAUUAGAAGUCUAUAUAAACCUGAUUGCAAAGCCGGGCAAGGACCCGGAGUCAUGCGGGAGUUACCGCCUAAUUUCCUUACUCAACAGCGAUUUGAAAUUUGUUCCACUCUUUGUUCCUAAUAGAGGCAAAUGAAAACAUGACCAGAGCCGUCAAUCUCCUCUUUAAAGCCAAUAACUCAAACAUACCAGCAAUCUUCCCCUCAACCAGUGCAAAAAGGCAUUUGAUUAGGUGAACUUGUCCUUCCUGGAGGUAGUGUUAAGGGGAUUUGGGUUACGCCCUGGCUGGAGAAGUUGGGUCGGAGCACUGUACUCCUGCCUCUUGGCGCGCAUCUGCCUGAAUGGCCUGCUCUCAGAACCGGUCUAUAUCAGCAAUGGCACAAGGCAGGGGUUCUCUCUUCCCCCUGCUAUUUGUGCUAAUGCUGGAACCCUUCCUAAACACAGUAAGAAACAAUACAGAGAUUAGCGGAUUCAGCAUUGGCCCAUUUUACUACAAGAUCACAACCUGUGCUGACGAUCUGCUUUUCUCGCUUACUAACCCCUUGCAAUCCUUACCAGCCAUCAUCUAAGAAAUGUAGCAAUACAGUUCCCUCUCCCUAUUUUCAAUAAUUACGACAAAUCGGAAUAACUGGCGCUAAGAAUUACUGAUCAGGGCUUUAGAGAAAACAUGACUGCACUAACGUACCUAGGCAUUAAAAUGACCACGCUGACGUCCAACCUAUUCUCUGCGAAUUUCUCUCCCUGCUCCGGGAAGUAAAAUCGGACUGGAGCAAUGGAACAAACCAACCAUGUCAUAGACAGGAUGACUAAACCUCCUCAAAAUUAAUAUUCUCCCAAGAGUCCUUUAUUUACUAACAGCCCUCCUGAUACAUGUACCAAAUUCUUUUUUCUGCACCUUGGAGGCAGCUUGCUCGAGGUUAAUGUGGAUGGGUGGGAGGCCCCGACUCAACAGCGCGGACAUGUCACUCACUCCAAAUAGGGGGGGUACUGAGAUAUUCCAGUGCCCGAAACUUCUAUAUAGCUAACGCACUGGCGAGAUUGCAGGACUGGACAUUCACAUGAGACACUCUCAUGGCACACGGACAACACACACAACCUAUGCCCGUCUCAUCACCCAACCAUACAACCAACCAUGUCCAUUUGGCAUAACACAAAUCAGAGACCGAUCUAUCCUCUCCUACCUCCCCACUUCUAUCACUAACCUACAACCCCACUAUCUCAUCAGAUCUAUCUCGCUGGCUCCAAACCAGAAAAACAACAUAUGAGCACUAGACCUAUAUACCACCGAUUCGCUCCCAUCAUUGGACACCAUCAUACCAAACAAACCCCACACUUUUGCAGAUAAAUUAAAUUAUCAUCGUUUCACGCUUUACUUGCAAUCCCUACCAGGCCUAAGGGGCAGACUUAGACCCCUCACCACUUUCGAACAGAUCUGCACUUUAUCAACAGAUACAAUCAGAUUACAACUGUAAUGACGUAAAAUAAGCAAAUCAAGCACACAUGUUUAAACAAUUAAUCUAGCCACUAUAUCACACUAUAGUGGUUAUGGUACCAGGUGUUGGGAUCCCACAUUAAGUAGUCAACCUGUUUUCAAAUAUUUUAAAACCUGGGUCCUCCUGGCACAUAUGGCCUGGCCCCUCUUCUCUGUUCCAUCUCAAGCAGAAAUCCCCUGUUGCAAUUAUAUAUCAAAACAAUCUCUGUUUGACAGAUGGAAUUGAUGUGCUAAAAUAUGCCCCUCUACACAUGCAUCUACCCCCUUGUUUUCUCACUGUAACUUUCUGCAUUCUGCAGGAGUCUGACAUCUCAGAAGCUGAUGCUCAAGCUCUUCUUGAAAGCAUGAAGGUACUUAUGUUUCAUGGAUUGUUUAUGAGUUGUAACUACAAAUUCUUUAUUGUUCAUUACUGUAACUGCAUGCAUGCAUGGCCACAAAUCACUUAAUUAAUGAUAAAAUAUUGCAGGGCAAAUCAUUCUGUAAGCUAAAAGAAGAUGUGUUCCAACUUGUAGUGUGUGUGUCUGUUAGUGUGUGUGUGUCUGUUAGUGUGUGAGUGUGUGUCUGUUAGUGAGUGUGUUACUAUGUGUGUGUCUGUUGGUAAGAGUGUAUGCGUGUCUGUUAGUGAAUGUGUGUGUCUGCUAGUGAUUGUAUGUGUCUGUUAGUGUGUAUGUCAGCUAGUGUAUGCGUGUCUGUCAGUGAAUGUGUGUGUGUGUGUGUGUAUUUAGAAGGCGGGAAGGGUAGGGGGGGUGGGGAGGGGUGUCUGAGUUUUGUCAUGCCUAGGGCAGUACAAAACCAGGAUACACCACUGCUUGUAGAGUAGUUUCAUUCAUGCUUGUACAUGAAUGAAACUACUGAUUAUUGAUGAAUUAUAUAUCCCAUAAACUCUCUCUAAACAUGGAUUUACGGGAUAAACACAAUGCUUUCGUUAGUAGCAGUGGGAGGCACGUGAUUUCCUUAGAAAUCUGUUACUUCCUGGUCCUGUCAGAAGCAGCAGUUUUGCAUCCAACAUAUAAAAUUAGACGAGUUUUGUGUGCAGCCUGGGAUUUCCUUUUAAAAGCACUUUCAAGUUUAUGGAAUCUUUUACAUUUAUUUUGGAUUGUUGACACAUUACAGCAGAUCAUUAAUUUUCAGUUCUCCCAUUACAGGACUUGGAUGAUAUGGAUGCUGAGAUAUUUGGAACCAAAAAGCCAAAAUCAGCCCCUGCAAAGAAUGUUGGGAUGGGUCAAGGUACUGACAUUGAACUGAGAAAGGAAGAUAAAGCAAUGGUACCUAGAAGAGGUGAGGAAUCAUUCUCACACAUGUAGCAAGGAAUAGGAAACAUUUUAAUAGUGGCACUGCCUUGUAUAGACACACUUUUUAUUUUUGUGUUUGAGAAUCUACUCAAACACUAAUCUACUAAUCCUGAUAGGGCAUAAUUAAAGUUUUCUGUAGGACGACAAACACAAACUAAUGACGUGACCUGUUGGCACUCACCUGGGUAUCUGCAGCCCCUGCUACUUGCAUGAGUGCUUCUUGUUCCUUUGCUUUUGAGAAUGAGAUUAAUCCAAUUGGUUAGUGCUCCAAUGGUCACGCUGCAGUACAGUUUUAUAUGAAUUUAUACAGUGCAAUCUUCCCACAUUAUUGAUUCUGUUGUGUCAGGACUUAUGAAAAAGAUAAAUCCCUAGAUGCUGCAGUUAUACAAUUUCCAUGAUGCCCUUCCAGAGUUUAGAAGGGCAAAGCAUCAUGGUAGUUGUAGUUCUGCAACAUUUAGUGAUUGGCCCUUUGCCCACCCCUGUCUUGUGAGCUAGUACAGAGACUAUUCUUUAGGAAGCAAAGGGAAGGACCUUGGUAUCAGUCAUUUUCUGGUCUAUACAAUUAUGCUUUUACAGAAUUACAGAAAAAGAGGAACAGUCAAUGGUACACUAAUCAGCCACAACAUUAGAACCACCUGUCUAAUAUCAUGUAAGCCCCCCCAUGUGCUGCCAAAACCGCUCUGAAUAUGUCCUGUGGUGCUUGGCACCAAGACAUUAGCAGGAGAUGCUUUAAGUCCUGCAAGUUGCGAAAUGGGGCUUCAAUAGAUCAGAUUUGUUGUUCCAGCACAUCUCACAGAUGCUCAAUCAGAUUGAGAUCUGGGGAAUUUGGUGGCCAAGGCAACACCUUGAACUCUUU